AUGGGAACCGACACGGAGACGCCACCACUAUGUCAGGAUCUUCAGGAGGGUUACCAGACGCUGCACAGUCGUGUCUCGAAGAGAGACAUGCGGCGACGAGGUGCCGUCUCCUGGUCAUGCAUUACGAGCUACCAAUGGAUCUACUCCAUGAUCACCACCGGCUUCGCUUUGACCAUCUUGCCCCAGGAGGCCGAAAGGCUCCACUCGGCUGAUUCGAGCCUGUGGCUAGCCACAUAUGUGAUGAUCUGUGGUGUCACACAGCUCAUUUGCCCCAUGGCCGGCCUCUUCUCCGAUCGCUUGAACUGCUCCUUCGGCCGGCGGCGGCCAGUGAUGCUGACGGCGAGCCUGCUGGCGGGCGGAGGAUUUCUGUGUCUUUACUUCUGCAGUCGCUACCUUUGCCCUGAGGGCUUUCUUUGUGCCUUAGCCUUCACCGAGACGUCCCUGAACGUGGCCUUCGCAGCGCAUGCGGCCUUGCCCGCUGAUUUGCGCGUUCAGCCUCAGUUUGAAGAGCCAAGUACCAGGGGUGCUGAGUCUGAAGCUGGCCUCAUCUCUGGCAUCAUGGCCUUGCAUUCCUUCCUGGGCGCUGUGUGCGCCGUGGGCUUUCUGGAUUUCACCUCAGGUGCUCCACUCUAUUUUUUCUACCUCGUCUAUGGCAUUGCGGUUCUCGUGGUGUGCACCUUUGUGAGUCUCGUGGCCAAGGAGGAGUCCUCCAGCAACCUCAGCUCCCCCAGUGCAGGCGAGAUUCUGGCUGCAUACAGCAUGGACACUGAGAGGGACGCAGACUUCUUUUGGGUGUGCUAUGGACGUCUCCUGUUCUACACCAGCCAAUCAGUGAUUGUCUUCAUGGCCUAUUUCAUUCGCGAUAUGUUCCAGGUGAGAUCGGAGCCGGAAGUGAUCUCAAAGCUCUCGUUGCUGGUCUUCAUCGGUCAAGGCGUUGGGGCCGUGGUGGCCGUGCCCAGCAGUCGAAUCUCCGACCUGGUGGGAUGCAAGCCGAUGGUCUACGUCUCCUGCCUGGUGCAAUGUGCCAGUUUCCUGGCCUUCAUCGUGGCUGCUCGCGUGGGCUGGUCCGUCAUGCUGGUGGGAGCUGUGAUAUAUGGACUUGGAGCGGGGUCUUAUAUGAGCGUGGACUAUGCUUUAGCUCUGAAAUGCCUCCCAGCAAAUAAGGACCGUGCCCAGUCCUUUGGCUUGUGGGGCAUUGCUGGCUUCAUCGGUAGCUGCCUGGGGCCAUUAGUCACUGGUGGAGUUCUGUGGUUGUUCACAGGUGACGAUGAGACCAGCGUCCUGCAUGGACCUCACUAUGAGUACCAGGGCUACGUGCUGGGGAUGAUCCUGGCUGGCUCCAUGCCUGCACUCGCAGUGAUCCCCGCGACGCGUUUGAUCCAACGCACCGUGUGA